GAUCAAUUCAAUUGUCAAAAGUCGGUCAAGUUGUGUAGAGUGAAAAUUUCUUUCUGGUAGUGAAAAACUGAAAAUUGUCCAAGUGUUAGCUGUUCAAGAGUAGUUAGUGCAGUCUAAUAGUGCUUUAGCUGACAUUUUCUGUGUAAAUUUACAAAAAUAUUGUGCUAAAAUCAAGCAAUUAUCCUGGAAUUUGGAUCUCAAAAAGUGUUGCAAAUAACCCAAGUGCUCAAUUCACAUUUUCUCAAGCUCCACACACAAAAGAUUUCCACCCAAUAAGUGUACAAGAAGGAAAACAACACAUUUCAUCAAUAAUCUUCAAUCUCUUCACAAAUCUUUAAUGUUUCUUAAUGAGUUGAAACGACAGAAUGGACACAUUACAAGUGUGUUCGCAGAGUCAAACAACCGGAAGUAGCAAAACAUCUAGUCGAGCCGCAUCACCGUGUCGUUCUGACCAAAUGUCCAGAGAUCGUGACGCCACAGACUCUGCCUCCGGUGGUGGAGGAAUGCGCUUCAGGAAUCAGAGUCCGUCCACGCACAGGCGCAGCAGAGAAAGAGAUCGAGGCGGUGUUGAUAAGCAGCAAUCACAGCAGAGAGAUACAGAAAGUGGUGCUGAAGAUCGUAGCAACAUGACAGCAGAUCAUACAGACAUUUUUGAUGAAUCUCGGUUGUCUGGAACCGAGGAGAUUGGUUACCAGACAUUUGCCGGAACAGAUGAUAUCACAGAUGGACAUCAAAUGUCCGGACACAGUGAAGGACGACACCAUCACCAGAGAAGUAAUAGUUGUCAGGCCUUGGAUAGACUCAAUACCAAAAUUGCCUGUACUAAAGAGUCAAUUAGGAAGGAACAGACUGCUAGAGAUGACAAUGUCAAUGAGUACCUGAAAUUAGCGGCCAAUGCAGACAAACAGCAAUUGCAGCGAAUUAAGGCGGUGUUUGAGAAGAAGAAUCAAAAGAGUGCACACACAAUAUCGCAGCUGCAGAAAAAAUUGGAAUCGUACAGCAAACGAGUGAAGGAUCUGCAGCACAGCCAGAGGACACAACAUCAGCAGAGUCAUCAGCAUCAGAGCCAUCGACAGCCGAGAGAAGUUUUGCGGGAUGUUGGACAAGGUCUCAAGAAUGUUGGUGGAAAUAUUCGCGAUGGUAUUACAGGACUCAGUGGUUCUGUCAUGUCUAAACCGCGAGAAUUUGCCCAUUUGAUUAAAAACAAAUUUGGAAGUGCUGACAAUAUUAAUCAACUAUCUUCAACCUGGUACACAGAUCCCGAACUCAACACCCUCAAUCUGGCUGGUAUGGAGUCGCAUUCGCAACACGGAGCUGGUGGUACAUCAACACCCAACAAUACCAUGGUCGUCACAAUGCCACCCACGAAUCAGGUCAUCACGAGUGGCGGAGGAGGCAGUGGGAAAUUCAACAGUGAAAAUGACAGUGAAUGCAGCAGCGUUACCAGUGAUAGUCUACCAGCUGGAUCUGGUAAAAAUCAACUAGGAGCCAAUACUGUUGUCCUCAAGGCGAUCAUUGCUGAGUUGCAAGAGCGUCGCGAUGAGAGUGACAAAUUGCGUGAGAAAAUGGAACGUUUUGAGGCGAUGCAGAAGGAAAUGUCGGAUUUGGCAUUGGCCCUUGAGUCAGAACGCUAUCGGGCUGAGCGCCUGGAGGAGCAAAUAAAUGAUCUGACCGAGUUGCAUCAGAAUGAAAUUGAGAACCUCAAACAGGCCAUGGCGGAUAUGGAGGAAAAGGUUCAAUAUCAAAGUGAUGAAAGACUGAGAGAUGUUCAUGAGGUCUUAGAAAAUUGCCAGACAAGGAUAUCCAAAAUGGAACACAUGUCCCAACAACAAUAUGUUACGGUUGAAGGGAUUGAUAAUUCAAAUGCCAGAGCACUUGUUGUUAAACUCAUUAAUGUUGUUCUAACUGUACUCCAAGUGAUUCUUCUCUUGGUGGCAACAGCAGCAGGAAUAAUAAUGCCAUUCUUGAAAACGAGGGUACGUGUUCUCACCACAGUCUUCUUCAUUCUAAUGACCAUUUUUGUGAUACGACAAUGGCCAGAUGUUAGAGACAUUGGGUCUCAUAUGGUGCGGCACUUGAAGGAGUCUCUUGUUGUCAAAUAAAUCAUGAUCAUUCUUCUGUGAUCAUUUUAACAUUUCCGGGUUUGUAAUAUAAAUAAAUAUUUUUAUUGUC